UGUAUUGGCGGGGGUGUCCCCUCAAUGGGGAGGUGCCCCCAAACCUGUUCUUGGUCUUGGAGGGGGGGAGGGGGCUGUUCUCGACCUCAGGGUGCUCCCUGCACCCCUUUCUCCCCGCAGGAUACCCCCACCCCCACCAUCAUCAUGGUGUCCUGGAGCUGCUGGGCUCUGCUGCUCCUCUGCGCCAUUGCAAGUUUUUUUGGGUGGCUGGGACUUGGCACCCCCCUGGAGGAGGUGGAGACCCCCCCAGAGGUUGUGGUGCAGCUCCGCUCGUCCUGCGCUGACCCGAGCGAGGAGGAGGUGGCCAAGCUGGGGGUGAACGUGUUUGACUGCCAGGCCAACGCCGAGGGUCGCCGGACAAACCCCAGCACCCCGGAUGCGGAGGGGCAGGAGGAGCUGCAGGAGCAGCCGGGCAAGUUCUUGCAGCCAAGACUGGAGACCCUCAUCACCAGCAGGGAGCACCAGGUGGCCCAGCUCAUGGAGGACAUUGCCCAGCGGAUGGGGAACGUGAGCAGCCAUGGGGCCAUGGGGCUCCAGGAAGGGCACCAGGUUGUCCUGUCCGAUCUCCACCACACACAGGAAAGAGCUCGGGACAUCUAUUCCCAACUAGAGCAUGACCUGGCCCUUCUCCUGGCCCAGCAGUGCCGGAUGGAGGAGGUGAUGGAAAAACUGCGUCAGGUCAACAGGAGCCUGGGAUUGAUGCUGGUGGCCGUGGAGGGUGCACAGAGCCGGCUGGAGAACCAACUGGAGCACCUUCAUGCCACCCUUGACCCAGCUGGUGAGCUGGGAAUGGGUGCUGGAGGGCAGAUGGGUGCUGGUGGGUGCCAACACUGGGCUCUUUCUCCCUGUCCUGCAGGUCAGAGCCCAAGUGCCAUCUCCACCUGCAUCCUUCAUGGCUCCUACCUUCUGCUGCUGGUUGCACUACUGGUGCCCAUGCCGCCCCGUGCCAUCCUCCUCCUCCUUGCCUUCAGCAUCCUUGGCGAGCUCCUCGGCAUCCCAGCACUCUCCACUCUCCUGGCCCUUGCUGUGGCAGGGCAGUUGCUGGUGAUGGCUGCCCGCCGUGGUGCUGGGGGACCCUGGCUGGUUCCUCUGCAGGAGGAACCCCGUCACCAGCUCACCUCCACCCCGGAAAGGGAGUGCAAAAUGGAGCUGUUGCAGGAGGAGAUGGACAGGUUGGAGAUGAGCUGCCUGCAAGAGCCCUCGUGCCUGGAGCAGCCCCCAGUGAUGGCAGGGGACACCCCUCGCUUAGCAGGGAGGAUGUCAUCCAUCCCUGGCGGCUGGAGGACAAAGCUGAGCUCGUGUGGGGCAAUGCUGGAGCCUGCCAUGGGCACUGGGAAGCACUGGGAGCCCAAACCUUGCACCCCAAGCCAGUCUCUGGCCAGUGACAUGUCCUCGUUGUCCCCACGGCUCCCAUGCCAGGGCCUCACCAGGGCCGGGCAGCGAUGCCGGAAGAAAGCCAUCCUCGGGCAGGACUUCUGCCACGUCCACACCACCGGUUGAGCCUCGAGCAGCGGCUUGCCCAUGGACUCGUCCCCCCAUAUCUGACCCUCUACCUCCUCCCAGAGGGGUUUU